GCAGGGAGAAGGUGGAAGGUGUGGGAAGUGUUUCACUGUCUGGACUCAGGCACGGCCGAGAGCACGCGGAGAGUCUGCUAUUUUACAGGAGGCUGUAACUUCAUGACCUGGCUGUGAUUACGUUUGGAUCAGAGUGACGCAAAGUAUUUUUAAAGGUCUCUGUCAGAUGUCACACAUCACGAUCUCUUCAUCUCUUCAAAGAGGACAGACAACGAGUCAGUUUUCCCCCAGCAGCCUAUCAGAGCUAAUAAAACGUGUCGCGGCGGAUUAAGCUCGACACCUUUUCAGGGAAGAGUCUGUGAAUCUAGUUUGAAGACUUUCUUUUGUGACUUAAGUUGUUUUUUUUGGGAUUGUCUCCCUGCAAGCCACCCACAACUUUAGAACACUUCCAUACGUUUACGGGAAUAAUCUCUCUAGUAACAUACGACAUUGGGUUCAGCUUGGAGUUUGGAUUUGUUUGACUGCGUCACAGGUGCGGACGGACUGGUUUUGGAUGUGCGUCUGCCCCUCAGCUGUGAGGACGUCUCAGUCGUACGUCAGUAAUCAUGGAAUCAGUGGCAGCCAGGAUGGCCAUGGUAACCGACUCCCCAAACCCCUCAUUGAGAUCCAGGACCACUGUGACCACCGACGAGGAUUCUUUCGUGAGCACUGCCAGCCUUCCCUGCAGCCAUUUCCUGUCAGCCAACAUCAUCGCUGUCGUGGAGAAAUGCAUGAGCACCAUGCAAAUGGGGACCCAGAUGGUGAAGCUCCGUGGUGGCUCCCGGGGACUGGUGCGGUUCUUCUUUCUGGACGAACAUAAGUCCUGCAUCCGCUGGAGACCCUCACGCAAGAAUGAAAAGGCCAAAAUCUCCAUUGACUCCAUCCGUGAGGUGUGUGAGGGCAAGCAGUCUGAGAUCUUCCAGCGCUAUGCAGAGGGCAGCUUCGACCCCAACUGCUGUUUCAGCCUCUAUUAUGGAGAACACAUGGAGUCCCUGGACCUGGUCUCUGGCACUGGCGAGGAGGCACGGACCUGGAUCACCGGCCUCAAGUACCUGAUGGCUGGCAUCAGUGACGAGGACAGUCUGGCAAAGAGGCAGCGCACUCGCGACCAGUGGCUGAAGCAGACGUUCACUGAGGCUGAUAAGAACGGUGACGGAAGUUUAAGCAUCAGCGAGGUUCUGCAGCUUCUGCACAAACUCAAUGUGAACCUGCCCCGGCAGAAGGUCAAGAAGAUGUUCAAGGAGGCGGACACUGAUGACAACCAGGGAACACUGGACUUCGAGGAGUUCUGCUCCUUCUACAAGAUGAUGUCGACGCGCAGAGAUCUUUACCUCCUUAUGCUCACCUACAGCAACCACAAAGACCACCUCGACGCGGACGACCUCAUUCGCUUCCUGGAGACUGAGCAAAAGAUGACCAAGGUGGCCAGGGACCAUUGUCUGGAGAUAAUCAACAAAUUUGAGCCUUGCUCUGAAAACCAGAAGCAGGGUGUUUUGGGGAUUGAUGGUUUUACAAAUUACAUGCGGAGUCCGGCGGGGGACAUCUUCAACCCGGACCACUAUAACGUGAACCAGGACAUGAACCAGCCGCUGUGCAACUACUUCAUUGCUUCGUCACACAACACCUACCUGAUGGGAGACCAGCUGAUGUCGCAGUCCAGGGUGGACAUGUACGCCUGGGUGCUGCAGGCCGGCUGUCGCUGCGUGGAAGUUGACUGUUGGGACGGUCAGGACGGGGAGCCCAUCGUUCACCACGGCUACACCCUCACCUCCAAGAUCCUCUUCAAGGACGUGAUUGAAACCAUCAACAAGUACGCCUUCAUCAAAAGCGACUAUCCGGUUAUCCUGUCCAUAGAGAACCACUGCAGCGUUCCUCAGCAGAAGAAGAUGGCCCAGUACCUGACUGAGAUCCUGGGGGACAAGCUGGACGUGUCCCACAUAAGAGCAGAGGAGUCUGGGCGAUUGCCGUCACCAGACGCACUUAAGGGCAAGAUCCUCGUGAAGGGGAAGAAACUGCCUCCCAAUAUCGAUGAAAACGCAGAGGAAGGAGACGUGUCUGACGAGGACAGCGCCGAUGAGAUGGAGGAUGAUUGCAAGCUGAUGAAUGGAGAUACUUCUGCCAACAGGAAGCAGGUGGAGAACAUGGCAAAGAAGAAGCUGGACAACUUGAUGAAGGAGUCCAAGAUCCGGGACAGAGAGGACCCAGACAGCUUCACCAUCGCGGCGCUCCCUCCUGGGAAACCUGCAGAGAAAACCGGCAGCAAGGGCAAGAGCGACGAUGGGACAGACACGGCGGAUGAAGCCAAUCCCAGCAGCACCAAACGUUCCAGCCGUUCCUUUAUUGGCAGCUUCUCCAAGCGCAAGAAAAAGCCGUCAAAGUUGAAGAAGACGUCAAGCUUUGAAGACACGGACACGGACCCGGAGAGCACGAGCAGCGCCUCCCGCGCACCGCUGCACCACAGCAAAAAGAAGAAAACCAUGAAGCUUUCUCGAGCCCUGUCUGACCUGGUCAAGUACACCCGCUCUGUGGGUUUCGAUGACAUUGAGACUCAAGCAAGCUGCAGCUGGCAGGUGUCGUCGCUCAGCGAGACCAAAGCCCACCAGAUGAUGCAGCAGAAAGCUACGGGCUUCAUCCAGUUCAACCAGCGGCAGCUGUCCCGCAUCUACCCGUCCUCCUACCGCGUGGACUCCUCCAACUUCAACCCCCAGCCCUUCUGGAGCGCUGGCUGCCAGCUCGUUGCACUCAACUACCAGUCUGAGGGGCGUGUCCUGCAGCUCAACAGAGCCAAGUUCUACAGCAACGGCAACUGUGGCUACAUCGUCAAACCCGCCUGCAUGUGUGAAGGUGCCUUCAACCCAAAUUUGGAGGACCCCAUACCAGGUAGGAUGAAGAAGCAGCUGGUGCUGAAGAUAAUCAGCGGACAGCAGCUGCCCAAACCCAAAGAUUCGAUGUUGGGAGACAGAGGAGAGAUCAUCGAUCCCUUCGUGGAGGUGGAGAUCAUUGGCCUCCCGGUCGACUGCUGCAAAGAACAGACCAGAGUGGUGGAUGAUAACGGGUUCAACCCGAUGUGGGAGGAGACUCUGGUGUUCACGGUCCACAUGCCGGAGCUGACCCUUGUGCGUUUCCUCGUGUGGGAUCAUGACCCCAUCGGCCAAGACUUCAUCGGGCAGCGCACAAUCGCCUUCAACAGCAUGAUGCCAGGUUAUCGACACGUGUACUUGGAAGGUAUGGAGGAAGCUUCCAUCUUUGUUCAUGUGGCUGUGAAUGACAUCACCGGUAAGGCCAGAGUAGCCAGCGGCAUAAAAGGGCUGUUUCACAGAAACCCAAAGCAGGCUUCCCUGGACAGCCAUGCUGCUGUACAGCACGGCCGUAGACACCCCUUUGGUGCCCACCUCCUGCGCCGCACUGCCAGCGCCCCCACCAGAGGUCAGUCCAAAAUUAGGAAAGGCUUUCCAGAGAUUCCCAUCGACACCAAAGACAACAGCUCGGAGGGUGCGAGUGAGGAGUCUGAGGACAGGGACAAGGCCUGUGCUGCCGCCUCGUACAAGUUCACUCCACCACAACAUCGCAAUGGGGAUUCACUCGCAUCCCAUCCAACCAAAGGCCCCUGGGACCACCCUGACACAAAUGGAGCUUUCCACCCAGAGGAGGGUAAAGACUUUUCCACAGUGCGAAGACCAGCUGUCCCUCAAUAUCCUGCACCGAAUGCAGAAGAUACCAGUAGCAGCCGUUUUCUCCGCAGCGCCUCCACUCGAGAUGAGAGGCCCUCUUCACAGCCCUUCACAUCUACACCACUGCACUCACCUUCCACAGCAAUAAAUGCACUGUCCCCACUGGCUCUUACUACAAAUGGAGUGGGUAGCAGUCCCACCAAGGUGUUGGGAGAACCUAAGGAAAUUGCUACCUUUUCCCUAACCUCGUCCGUCCUCGUUAAAAACCCUGAUGAAGAAAAACAGUACACCCAAACAAGCAAAGGCACUCUUUCACCCAUGAGGGACAGAACAGACCAGAAGGAUAACCAAGAAACGAUGACGGGAAAGAAAAGUGAUGCAGCUGACGUGAAGGCGAGCUGUGAAGCACAGCCCCCUUCGGCAGCUGCGUCCACAGGAACCCCUGCUGUCCCACCAGUGCAGGCCAGGAGGGCACUUUUCAGCCCUCUGCCGUCACAUGCACCGGUACGCCGAGCAAAAAGCGAAGGCCAUGUUCUGAUGGGUGGAGCCCCGGCUGGCCGGACCCAGUCGGCGGUGCCAGUGGUCUUUACAGAUGCCACCAUGACCGACCGCCUAUGGAGCAAACUGGACCCUGGAAGCCACAGAGAAAGCAUGUCGUCCUCCUCUAGCAUCUCCUCCAGCGACACCGUCAUCGACCUCUCGCUGCCGAACUUGGCCCGGAAGAGCCUCGCCACUCUGCCCAACACCAGCAACUCCUGCGAGCCUUCCUGGGUCAGCUGCCGUCACUCUGCGUUGGUUCCUCACAACAUGUUCAGCAAGAGCAAGUCCAACCCAAAUCUUCAGCAAAACGAUUGUCUCAAAGAUGAGCUUAGGCCACGCCCCCUGCAGGCAGCUCGAGACGUUUCAGAAGAUUCGGUCAGCAGACUGACUCAAAGGAGACACACCUGGAGUCGGCUCUACAUGGAAGGCCUCAAGCAGUCGUCGGCCAGGGGGCCGCCCGCUCCCGCUAAAGCCCCCACGCCCGCCAUGUCCUCCAUGUCCAAAAGCCUCGGGGAUCUGACCUCUGACGACAUUUCCUGCAACUUUGACAGCAAGUACCGCAGCAUCAGCCGCAGCUUCAUUGUCAGGCCGAGCAGGGAGCAGCUGCGCAGAGGCGGUCCGCAGAAGUGUCGGCCGCAGAGCGACCUGACGGAGCAGCUCCGCAGGCUGACCGACGUGGAGCCUCUGACCGCUCGGGACUUUGCACCUGAAAGCAGGCCUGAAGACUCGCAGGAGGAUUCAGUGGACGAGACCCUGCGACGAAGGACCUCGUCACGGAGCCAGAGCAGGGUGCGAUACAUCGCAAACAGGGCCAAACAGGCCCAGGAGAGGCAGAGGCUCCAAGGCCUGGUCCAAGCCAGGAGUGCAAGCUUCAGUCUGACUGGUACGAGAGGUCCUGUUUGCCCCAUUGAGGAGAGGGGGAACCCCGAGGGGGCGUGUUGCGUGGCUCUGAGUCCCUGCAGCGGCCUUGACCUGCUGAGUCAGCUAACUCCCUUAGAAUCUCCCUCCCCGAUAGCAUCUCGCUCCUCCCAGGACCCCGAAAACAGUGAUUUCUUUUUCAGGCUCAAACUCUGAGAACUGGCUGACUUGGAACUGAGCGUGAGAAACACAGCUAGAAACAUUUCACUUUUCUUCCUUCAAAUCUUUUUCUGUUUUUGUUUGUUCAGGAAAAAAAAAAAAAGAAUUGCAUAUCCUGUAAACUGGUUCACAAAACCACAUCCAGGAGGAAAAUGUUCCACGGUCCAUCUUAUCUGCAUCUUAAAGUUGGGCAACAUUCAUUUCUUAACCUGCGAGGCAGAAAACAUCAGUGGCCUUUCCAGCGGAGACGGUGGAAACGCCUCCACGCAUCUGACUCCUCAGCCUUGACAGUCCCCCGGUAGCGUAGAGUCCACUGAACUCGGGAGGCGACAUCAUGACUUUGACUGUGGGCAGAUUCAAGCCCACUACAGUGGUACCAGUUAUGAAUGCUAGCGUGGGUCUGUGCACCUGAAACAUCUCUGGAGGUGAAGGAAUCAAGGUGACGGCUGCAGUGUUGGUUGCUCCAAGUCCCACCCUGGCAACACAUCUACCCUGGUGCUGGUGCUGGUGCUGGUGCUGUUCUCUCCCCUGAAAAAAGCCCCAUUACAUGUCCAAAUGUGGAAAUCCCUCAACAGCACAACAGUAAAGGUGUGGACUGCUCUAGAACCAUCCAGCAGGUUCUGCUGUGGAAAAGCUACGUUGUGUUGGUGUGGUCCUUUCAGGGGAACCGUGAGUCGAUAGUCAGGCAGUUGUAAUUGUAAUUAGUGAAACAUGCCACAACCGUGUCUGCUGUUCAUGUCGACUGUCACCUACACUCAUGUCUGAGUCUCACAUGAGCGCACCGUAGCAAUAGAUCCGAAUUAGAAAACAGGAUUUUAAAGAAUUGUUUUUAUUAACUUGAACUGUAAUAUUCUUUUUAACUGUGCUGAAAAUUAGAUACGUUAUGUCCAGGCAUUAUUAUUAUUAUUAUUAUUAUUACUAGUCCAUCCAUCCACGAGCAAUAUUUUGAAAAUGAUGGUAUGUUACCAUUGCCGAUGUACAGUUUGAUGCUAAAGCUAAGGCUCGUCUCAUGUCCUUGUUGGUGGGAGAAAAGGAAAGAUUUAAUUCCUACAAUGCAGGAUUGAAGGUGUGGAUUUUAAGUUUGUGUAGUGGUUACGUUGUAAUUUGACUGAGCUAGCAACAUUUAGCUCUCUUCCUAACCUGCAGCAUGUCACAGCACUGAGAUCCUGUACUCUGAAGCAACGGCUUCCACCAGUGGACGACCUCACGCAAUGUUUAGCUGUCUUACGUUGACUGCAUGCCUUUUAUGCACCGCAUCAUUUCUCAAGGCUGUGCUUUAUUUUACAAGAUAUUUUAUAUAAAGAUUUGCUAUGAUUCCAAGCUUCUCAUUUGGAUGGUCUCAUGGUGGUCGGCAGGGCAUCGUGUCUGAAACUGUUGUUGUUCAUCUGUGGUACUAAAAUAAGUUGGGAAUGAUCUUUGUGGAAGCACGUUUGUUGAGCAGCUGUGUCGUUCGCCCCGCCGCCCGACUUCUUUGUGCAAAAAUUUAAUGAUAUUGAAUUCAAACGGUGUGUAAUUAUGACCUGAAUAAAUCUUAAAUCAAUAUUA